AUGAUUAAGUGGACGGACAUGGAAGAGAACUCCACAAAGGAGGACUAUGAACGGAAUCGGAAGAAUUUGGAGGAGAUGUACAAUGUCGACGAAUCGCUUCGUGACGCGCCUUACUUGGGCUGCUAUCGUGAUCUGUCUGGGAUGCGCUAUCUCGCUGCCUACCUACUAGCCCAACUGGGCGGUACUAGUCGUCCUCAGGAGUCCGAUAUUAAAAAUAUUUUAAGCUCAGUUGGUAUCGAAUGUGAGCAGGCGCGAGCCAAGUUGGCAAUUGACCAAUUACACGGCAAAAAUGUGCAUGAUUUGAUUAACGCCGGUAAGGAGAAAAUGUCCACGGUCUCUUUUGGCGCCGCCCCGGUCGCUGUCGCUACUCCAGCGGGUGGUGCUCCCACUACCGCUGCUGCUGCUGAGGCUCCCAAGGGUGGCGACAAGGCCCCUGCUCCCGCCAAGGAAGAAAAGAAAGAGGAGUCCGAAGAAUCUGAUGCGGACAUGGGUUUCAGUCUUUUUGACUAA